AGUCAUCCGGUUGAUAGUCGCCAGCCAUCCGGUUGAUGGUCAACAGUCUGGAUUGGUAACCCUCCCGGUCGAUCGCAUCGCUGGACUGCGUCUCGUCGUGCACAUCCCGCAGGCCUUGUCGGCAGUCAUCGGUCGCCAUCCGUCCACACCGCUCUGCCUCGAUCUCGUCGCUGCCCAACCGUCGCCGCCAUGGCCUCUCUGUCCAAGAGCGUCGCUCGUCCGCAUCGGCAUAUCCUGCCGUGCCCGCAUCCCAGGCCCUGGCUGUCGUCUGACCUUCCCUCGGUUCCUCGGCUGCGUUCCGCUUCGGUCGCCGAUCGUGCAGCUCCAUCUCCGGUGCUCUGGAACCAACGACGGCUCUAUCGGAUCGAGCGGGACUGGAAUCUCAAGAAGCUCGCCACCCCCGAUCUCCUCGACCACAUUGCCCGAUACAACACGCCCGCCCAGACCCUGGCCGACCGCAUCUUUCUCCUCUCUGCCGAGCUGGACCGGCGCCAUCCCGACCAGCUUACUCUCAGCCAGCAGAUCGGCGCCUUUCGCAAGCUUGCCCAUGAUGGCUGUCUCAACGCCAACCUGCUCGCCAUUCUGCAGGCGUCGCUGGAGCCGUCGUCACCAUCGCCUAUCGACACUUGGUCUGACCAACAGCUCGCGGAUGUGGCCGAAGCGCUUGCGCUGCUCCAUCUGCCAAACUCGCCUCUGACGUCGUCCAUCGCCCUCCAGGUGCUGGAAAAGCUCAGGACCAACGCGGUCCCGUCGUCGUCGCCGUCGCAGUCUCAGACAUCCCACGAACUGUCUGGUGCCUCUGUUCCAUCGUCAUCAUCGCCACUAUCAUCGUCAUCAUCGUCAUCAUCGUCAACAUCGUCAACACCUCCAUCGUCAACAUCACCAUCGCAAAUGUCCAGCCCGUCGGCCCUCAGCAUCUCGAGCCUAACCAAGAUCUUCUGGGCCUUUACCCACCUCAACUUUUCAGGGCUGCAGUUAGAGGCCAAACUCUCCGAGGAGCUCCGUGCGCUGGCAUUCCGCCGGAUCGAUGCUCAGAGACAGUUGCUGCCGCCCGCUGAUCUGGUGCGGUCGUUUGAUGCAGCGCUCCAAGGCCGCCACCUCGACAGCAAGCAGGUUGUGAUCUGGUCCAACCUCAUGUGCCGCCACAUCGAAACCUUCUCUGCGCAGGAGCUGCUGGACUGGAGCAAGACUCUGUGGGCGGGCCGCUUGCUGGACGAUGAGGAGCUGCGUCCUGUGUGCUGCGGUGUGUUUGCCCGGAUUGCAGACUCGCUUGUGCAUCGCUCUGGAUUCGAUCGAGAGCUGAUCGAGGCCAGCGGCCUUACGGCUCUGGUUCUGUCCCUGGACCGGGCUGGUCUCAAACCCUCGCACGAACUGCUCGCCUGCUCCAUCCCAGCAUGGACUCGGCUCUGGGACCGGCUGGACUAUGAAACGGCCACGUCGACCCUCCAGUUCGCUAUCGUCCACGAUUUACACUCGUCCGGGCUCUUUGCCAGUGCCGCCCGACGGUGGGCCGUCGUCCUCAGCAAUGCCACCAAGAUCCAUCCGAGCUCGCCCAAGUCGAUCCCGCUCGACCCUCGCCAGCACCAUCCUCUGCUUGCCACGACGCUCGUCUCGCUGGCCCAGGUCCAGCCGCCGCUCGACACCGCAAAGCUCCUCGACGCCGUGGUCGUCUAUGUCGGCGAGCGAUUCGACUCGUUCGUCUCGGCUGACUUGGUGCGGAUCCGGUGGGCGCUCUGCCGGCUUUCACCAACCACCUCGCUGCCUUGGGACCGCGAAUGGAUCAAGACGACAGAGUCGAGCUCGUCGCAACUGACCCACUCGGAGCAGCUGCUCCUGGAAGAGGCGCUUGGGCAAGUCAAGCGAAACCUUGUGCAGAAGGCAUGACUGGCCCUGGCGGCGGCGAGGCAAGACACGACCAAGUUUGAUGGCACCGAUUGCCGAUCCAAAUCGACGACCAGAUCGAUGGCCAGAUGUGCAUCCGGGCCCUCAUGGCAGCGACGGCAGCGACGGCAGCGACGACAACGAGCGUAGAGCACAUCUUUGACGAGACACAGCCAGCCGCAGCGGGGAGGGGUGACCAAGGCGAGAAAGCGCAUGUUUCACCGAAUAGAUCGUGAUCUUUCUGUUGCUUCCGACAAAU